AUGGUGAAAAGUUGGAAAUUGGAAAUAUGCAUCGAUUCGUUUGCGUCGGCAAAAGCGGCCAUCGAAGGAGGUGCGAAACAACUUGAAGUCUGCUCAGCAUUAGCACUGGGUGGCUUGACACCUUCUGUUGGUUUGAUCGCGCAGAUUCGUCAUGCUUAUCCGAAUGCCUGCUUGAUGGCGAUGAUCAGAUGCAGAGGCGGGGAUUUUGUCUACGAUGAGAUGGAGAUGGACACGAUGGAAAAUGAUAUUGAACAAUUGAAGCCAUACGCAUCGGGAUUUGUUUUUGGAUUUUUGGAUGAAAGCAAUUUCCUGGAUGCGUCACAAUGUAGUCGGAUGAUAAAAACGGCCGAUGGAAUGCCUUGUACUCUUCAUCGCGCAUUUGACCUGACGGCAGAUUGGAAAGAAACUCUCAAUUCGGCUGUGCGACUAGGCUUCACCACGAUCCUGACAAGUGGCCAGGCUCCAGUGGCGCUGCAAGGAAUAAAAAAAUUAAAACAAAUUGUGAAUGAAGCAUCGGAAAGAAUCGAGAUUUUGAUAGGUUCUGGAGUCAGUCCAGCGACACUGUGUGAAUUGAUUUCUGCAACGGGUGCACGCUCUUUUCAUGCUUCUGCCUCAAUCGCUUGGCCAAGCCGCGCGAAAGCGUCAUCAAUUUCAAUGGGUGUUUCGGAUAGCCAGGAAAUGAAGCGAACUGACUCUGGAACGGUUCGAAGGAUGCUGGAAAUUAUGAAAAGCAAUAUGGAGAAG